CUGGUAACUAACGGUUGUGAUGACUGUCCAUUCAUUCAUCUGGCUGACGUGAUUUGGUUCACAUCACACAUGCAUCAAUCACAUCACAUCCAUUGUCCAUCCGUCUCAGCAACACACAGCUGUACUGUACACGCAGAGCAAUCGCGUCAGGCAACACGCUGUGCUCAUGUAGGCACCCAUUUACAAACAUGGUGGAAAAUCUCACAUGCUCGUCUACACACACACAUGCGGUUUUCUGUUCUUCACACCACACACGCAGGCAGGGAGACACAGCCGGCACCCUUUCCUUGCACAAACACGCCCAAGUCCAUGCGAAAGCCGGUGGCGGACACCGAAGUCCACCCGAUCGACCAUGUCGUCUCUGUCGUCGUGCCUGCACCUGCCCUUGCGACGCUUCACAACACUGAACCAAAGCGGCUCUGCCGACCGGUCGGUCGGCUGCUGUCCUCACUGGUCUCUGGGCGCUGACGCGUGUCGUUCGUCAGGGCUCAUCAGUGGCUCGGCAGCCUCAUCAGCAGCAAGUCCACCAUGCCUCAUCACCUUGCGCACCCGCCGGACCGCCUGCCGCACCUGUGAUGUGAUCGUGCCGAUGUCAAGUGCCACGAGGACAGCACUCGAGACCAUCCCGACUGCAGCCACACCAGCCAAGGUGAAAUACAUCUGAUGGAUGAGAGGAAUAAUUAUUCGAGCAGGCAGAGGCAGCUGGGCUGCAUGUAACGACGUUGUGCAGGGUGGGUGGGGGGGCCUGCUGUUCACUCACCUUUCGGAUUUUCGCUUCCUGCAAAUGGUGUUCCUUGACAGUGAGCAGCACCGCCACGGUGACAACAGUGGCCGGAAAGUGAAACAGCUUCUGGAUCGUCAGCCUCCCUAUCACAACAACCACAACCACAACCACACACACACUUGCCCCUGCCCUCCCGGCUACGUCUGUUCUUCUCUGUCUUUCCCCUUGUAUACCUUGUUGUGGGAGUGUCAAAGCGCGGAGAUUGAAGAAAGAGGUGUAGUGCAUCCCAGCACAGAGCUCCUGCAGAAGGAUAGCCGCCAGCCGGCUGGCCUUGCUCGAAGCGAAGCCCGCCAAAAGGUACGCACACACCAGCACCGUGUUGUAGAUGCAGGUCGGCACUGUGAUGACCGCCCUGUGCUCGUCGGCGUGGGCGGUGUCCCCAUCAGCAUGCUCAAAGAGAGACGAUAUGUGCCCGCCGAUCCCCACAGCGACCAUCAUCGCGGCAAACAAGAUUCCCACCUCGGUGUCUGGCGGGAGGGAGGGGGUCCACAGGAAGAUAAACACGUAGAGGGCGGAGUCGAAGCACGUCUGGAUGACGCCGACACACGCCACCUGCACACACACACACACACACGCGCAGUAUGAAAGACCAAUCAAUGGACGAACUGUGUGUCUGGCGGAAAUACUGCAGAUGCUUACACGUGUGUCGGUAAGGGGCACCAUCAGCGCGUUUCUCACCAUCUCCCAGAAGUGAUGCAACUCAUAAGAGUCCUCGUCGCGACCGUGAUUCUCCCCCCACGAGAAGCAGAUGAUGCAUCCCGACACCACCAGAGCGAGGAUACCCAGAUAAAAGGGCGCCAAUAUAUCGCCCGUCGUGUGCACAGCGCCCCAAGCGGCCAGGCUGGCCACGAUAGCGUUCAAGCUGUUGCCGGCUGUCAUGUGCACGUAUGUCUGCAUCAGCAGCGCUGGCGCGUACGCUCUGUUGAGGUGUUCGGUGGCCAUCCAGGCUUCGAACACGUUAUAGAGAAUCAUGACGGACAUCCCAGACAGCAGACGCCCGACGAGCAGCAGCCAGAAGUUGUCCAGCAGCAUCAGCAGACAGCUGGCCGAGUAGAGUACGCAGAACAAGACGCACGUGGCCCGCCGACCUGCAUCCACCACACAAGAGCAGACCAUGAUGCAGUCCGAGGGGCGGCUUCGCGAGGCCACGUGGGGUGUGGUGUGUGUUCUUCGAACCGACCGAAGUGGUCAGCCAGUGGCGCGACGAUGAGUGAUGCGGCUGCCUUGAGUUAUCAAACAAAAUCAACGGGAAGCAAACAUCGGUUGCGUCAGAGUCGGCACGAGUGGAUUCAGGGUGGGAUGGCUUACCAUGGCGGAGUAUCCACUCACGUAGAGGUGACUGAUGCUCUCCAUUCCAUGAGGCAAGUUCUUCGCCUCGUAUACGCGAUACAGGUACGGCCCUUGUACCUGGUCCAAAAAUGAUGCAUCACGCGUGCGUGUCCUGCCUGUGUUUGCGAGAUCCAUCAGUGGCCACUCACCCAAUCAGAGAACAUUCCGGCGAGAUAAGCUGCUAUGAAUGCCAGCUGGAACCGUUUGAAGCCUUCCCUCCCCUGGCCUUGGAGCACAUCGUCCUUGCGGCUGUCUGCAUGCACACCCGGUGCACCGGAGCAGAGGCGCGAGAGCCACUUGAUAGCACAGAUGACAAGCACCACACCGCAUAGCGUCAGAAAGGCCGCCGUCUCAGACUUCUGGAGCUGAUUCGAUAGAUCAAAUGCCAUCGCAGGCCGUCACCUCUUCACUGAACCUCCUCCAUUCUGUUGCCGCGAUGCUGGUCCUUGUCAAAGGCGU